AUUGCACCUUAUAAGUACUGCACUGGUACUGAAAGCUGUUACAGUUCAAAAGGCAAAAACUUUUUUAGUUUUUUCAAAAUACAGUUGUUUCCUAAAUGGAGAAAUCCAGUAAUUCAACAACUUUAGGUCGAACAAAAUCGGAUCAGCUGUUGGAGACGCUGGCGGCGGUUUUCAAAUCGCCGACGUCGCAGAGUGAUCUAGCGCCGGGGACGUCGGAUAGCGGUGGAACUUUGUCACGGAAAUCGAGCAGGCGGUUGGUAGUGGGGGCAUCGCCGGCGCGGAGCAGUGGCGGCGGUAGUAGAAACGCACACAUUAGGAAGGCGAGGAGCGCUCAGAUGAAGUUGGACUUGGAAGAACUGAGCAGUGGGGCGGCGCUCAGCCGUGCUUCUAGCGCUAGCUUGGGCUUUUCUUUCUCUUUCACUGGCUUCACCGUUCCGCCGGAUGAGAUCGCCGAUUCAAAACUCUUCAGCGAUGACGAUAUACCUGAAGAUAUUGAAGCUGGAAUCUGCAGGCCAAAAUUUCAAGCAGAGCCUACAUUGCCAAUUUAUUUGAAGUUCAGAGAAGUGAGUUACAAGGUGGUAAUAAAAGGAAUGACGAGCAGUGAAGAGAGGGAUAUAUUGAAUGGAAUAUCAGGUGAUGUGAGCCCUGGUGAAGUUGUAGCACUUAUGGGACCUUCUGGAAGUGGGAAGACCACACUUCUUAAUAUACUCGGCGGCCGUUUAACUCAUUCCGCCGUCGCCGGUUCCGUUACCUAUAAUGACCAGCCUUACUCCAAGUUUCUUAAAAGCAGGAUCGGAUUCGUGACACAAGAUGAUGUGUUGUUUCCUCACCUUACCGUGAAAGAAACAUUGACAUAUGCAGCUCUCCUUCGACUGCCCUUGACCUUAACCAAACAACAGAAGGAAAAGCGAGCCUUAGAUGUCAUUUACGAGCUUGGCUUGGACAGAUGCCAAGACACAAUGAUCGGCGGCUCGUUCGUCCGUGGCGUGUCGGGCGGGGAGAGGAAAAGAGUUUGUAUUGGCAAUGAGAUCAUAAUCAACCCUUCUCUUCUCUUCCUCGAUGAACCAACAUCUGGUUUGGAUUCCACAACAGCUUUAAGGACUGUUCAAACAUUACAAGACAUAGCUGAGACUGGGAAGACUGUGUUAACAACAAUCCACCAGCCAUCAAGUAGACUCUUCCACAAAUUUGAUAAGUUGAUUGUUUUAGGGAAAGGCAGUUUACUCUACUUCGGCAAAGCUUCCGAAGCCACCGAUUAUUUCUCGUCUAUUGGAUGUUCCCCUCUCAUUGCCAUGAAUCCAGCUGAGUUUUUGCUUGACCUUGCUAAUGGCAACUUAAAUGAUAUCUCCGUCCCACCGGAGCUCGAAGACAGAGUUCAAAUGGAGAAUUCCGAAACUGAAACACGAAAUGGAAAGCCACCACCGCAAGUCGUUCAUGAGUAUCUAGUGGAAGCCUACGAGUUGAGGUUUUCGGAAAACGAGAACAAACUUAUGGAUCCUCUUCAUUUAGACGAAGAACCAAAGCUCAAAGUAUUGUCUUCGAAGCGACAAUGGGGAGCGAGCUGGUGGCAACAAUACUGCAUAUUGUUCAUCAGAGGGAUCAAAGAACGAAGGCAUGAUUAUUUCAGUUGGUUGAGGAUCACACAAGUUCUUUCCACAGCCAUAAUCUUGGGAUUACUGUGGUGGCAAUCAGAUAGUAAAACCAGUCGAGGCCGUCAAGAUCAGGCAGGGUUGUUGUUUUUCAUCGCAGUUUUCUGGGGUUUCUUCCCUGUUUUCACAGCAAUCUUCACAUUUCCUCAAGAAAGAGCAAUGCUGAGUAAAGAAAGAGCGGCUGAUAUGUAUAGAUUGAGUGCUUACUUUUUAGCUCGAACUACAAGUGACCUUCCACUUGAUCUUAUAUUACCAGUGCUUUUCAUUUUAGUGGUCUAUUUCAUGGCUGGUCUCAGACUGAGUGCCAGCCCGUUUUUCCUCAGUAUGCUUACGGUUUUUCUCUGCAUCGUGGCGGCUCAGGGUCUUGGAUUAGCGAUUGGAGCCACUCUAAUGGACUUAAAGAGAGCUACCACUUUGGCUUCGGUUACUGUCAUGACCUUUAUGCUGGCGGGUGGCUUUUUUGUUGAGAAAGUUCCGGUGUUCAUAUCCUGGAUCAGGUAUUUGUCAUUUAACUAUCAUACUUAUAAGCUACUUCUAAAGGUACAAUACCAAGACAUGGUGCCGCCAUUAAAAGGGAUUCAAACAGACAAUGGGUCGAGGGAAGUUGGGGCUUUGGUAGCCAUGAUUUUUGGCUACCGUCUCUUGGCCUACUUGUCUUUGCGGAGGAUGAAACUCCAUUCUUGAGCUUAAUGCCUCAAAUCCAAUUCUGAUUUUGGUUCCUCUAAUGUGCUAAAAUUUGAGAUUUAAUUGUUGUAUUUUAAUUUGGUAAUUUGAUCUCCUUCCUUACUUUUAUAA